UUAAUUAGUUCUUCAAGUUUUACAAAAUUAUACUUGUAAUUUCCUCAUUACUCUACCUUUGACUUCCAACUCCCCUCUAUCACUCUCUCUCUCUCUUUCUCUCUCCAAAUAUUAUUUUUAUAAGUCAAACACUUUGCUCCCAAUCUCCAUAUAUACCCAUAUUCCCCGCAUUGCUAGAGUGGUGAAGAGAUCAAUAAACAAGGCAGGAGAAAAAAAAAAAAAAAAAAAAAACAUCAUUCGCAAUGGCAGGAGACAAGAAUCCCAUGUAUGUGGAGCAGUCCCUAGAGAAUGGGGAAACCCAAAAGAAUUUCGACGACGACGGGCGACAUAAAAGAACCGGGACGUUGCUGACGGCGAGUGCCCACAUAAUCACCGCCGUGAUAGGCUCCGGCGUGCUGUCUUUAGCAUGGGCUAUAGCUCAGCUGGGUUGGGUCGCCGGCCCCGCCGUUCUCAUGGCCUUUUCUUUCAUCACUUACUUCACCUCCACCUUGCUCGCCGACUGCUACCGCUCCCCCGGCCCUACCGGCGGCAAGAGAAACUACACUUACAUGGACGUCGUCCGCUCUCACCUAGGAGGUGUGAAGGUGCAACUCUGUGGGCUGGCUCAGUAUGCAAAUCUCGUUGGGAUUACUAUUGGUUACACUAUAACUGCAUCUAUCAGCAUGGUGGCGGUGAGAAAGUCAAACUGCUACCACAGAUACGGUCAUGAGGCGGCGUGUGCCAUAUCAAAUUACCCGUUCAUGAUAAUAUUUGCGGGAAUCCAGAUUAUUCUCAGCCAGAUUCCUAAUUUCCAUGAACUCUCAUGGCUCUCUAUUCUCGCAGCUGUCAUGUCUUUCGCUUACUCAUCUAUUGGCCUUGCCCUCUCCAUUGCCAAAGUUGCAGGUGGUGGGCAUCAUGUAAGGACAAGCUUGACAGGAGUGACAAUAGGUGUUGAUGUAUCAGGGGGUGAGAAAGUGUGGAGAAGCUUCCAAGCCAUUGGUGAUAUUGCUUUCGCCUAUGCUUACUCAACUGUCCUCAUCGAGAUACAGGACACAUUGAGAUCACACCCACCAGAAAACAAGGUAAUGAAGAAAGCAUCUGGGGUUGGAGUGACCACAACCACAUUGUUCUAUGUCCUAUGUGGUUGCCUUGGCUAUGCGGCGUUCGGAAACAAUGCUCCCGGAAACUUCCUCACCGGUUUCGGCUUCUACGAGCCCUUCUGGCUGAUCGACUUCGCCAACGUCUGCAUCGCCAUCCAUCUCAUCGGCGCUUACCAGGUUUUUUGCCAACCACUAUUCAGCUUUGUCGAGUCUCGCUGCAGCCAGAGAUGGCCAGACAGCAAAUUCAUAACCGCGGAAUAUGAAGUGAAUGUCCCAUGCUUUGGCACUUGCUCCAUCAACUUCUUCAGGCUGGUGUGGAGAACAGGUUAUGUCAUAGUCACAGCCGUGGUUGCCAUGAUAUUCCCGUUCUUCAACGACUUCUUGGGGCUGAUUGGGGCCGCCUCGUUCUAUCCACUCACCGUCUACUUCCCGAUUGAGAUGCACAUCGCCCAGACCAAGAUCCCCAAGUACUCGUUCAGAUGGAUAUGGCUGAAGAUCCUGAGCUGGACUUGCCUGGUUGUAUCGCUCGUCGCUGCUGCUGGAUCCAUUCAAGGGCUCGCGUCUGAUGUCAAGACGUACAAACCUUUCAAAGCUCAAUGAGUAGCCGGAACAAAGUAAUGAACUUGUGAAAAAUGUAAUGUUAUGAAAUAAGUUAAGAACUAGUUCAUGGUAGUGAACUGCAAUGUAGUGAUGUUCAAAAAAUUUAUUAUGCAAUGUUAAAUUUAUGGAAGGGUUAA